UCUCCUCUUCUGGUCAGCAGCUACAUGAGAUGACUACUGUGGCUUUACUGGUGCAACAGGCAGUGAGCAGAAGGGACUUCUGCUUGCAUGAAGCGACUCUGCCUGCAUGGCUGCAGCUGAGGUUAAAGAAGGUUGACAGCUGUCCACUGUGGUGAAGAUAAUGUAGGGUGUCCUAAAACCAUCUAGCUGCCUGCCUGCCAGUGCGAUGUCUGGUAAGUGUGGCUCAGGAAAGGCUGAGUCUAGGGCAAGACCCGGAGCAGAGGAAGAAGAUUAAAUGGUGCUGCAGGCUGGGAUAGCCUGCCACUGGGAAACUCUGGAGGAAAAAGGGAAGGCCAGGGUGAGGUGAGGUGAGGCUGGCAGCAGGAAUGGAAAUGUUGGGUUCAACCUCCAGCUGUGGUUCUCUUGGAUUGCUUGUAUUUCUCAGCACCAGCUCAGGGACAGGCAGGGACUGCAACUGAAGCAGUGUGUCUUGUCUGUCUCUGGUGUUUGCUGUGUGGCAGCAAAGAACCCCCCGUCCUGCUCGGUGAUGCUGUGAGAACAGCAGAGACUUUGGGUGGCAAUGGCUGAGGGAGCUCUCACAGCCUUUGGGAGACACACUGGAGGUGGCUGCUCAGCCUGUGCAGUGGGACAGCAGGGGGCUGCUGGCGCUGCCUGUGUGGAUGCCACAGAUCAAAGGCUGUCCUUGAGGGAACUUCUCUGAAGCUGCACCGCAGUUUACCUUAGAAUUUGAGGCAGAGGCAAAACUUACUUGAACUUGUUCCAGUGGAAUGAUGGGGAUUAAUUAGUUAAUGAAUACUCAGAGAUGCAAACUAAGAGCUAGUUGUUCAUGCUGCACCGGGGCCAGUAUAUCGUCCUAAACUCCAGCUCUCUAUGCCUGCCAAAGUUUUUUUUUACUACUACACAGGUGGAUGUGUUUUCACAAAGGCUUCCACGUAGAAGAUUUUAAAAACUAAAAUAAAAAGUAACUCCAAGUUUGAAAUCAUGCUGCCAGGGAGAGUGUUUGCAAGGAAGCAGCCUGAUAAACAAGGAAAUUUGACAAGUUGCAAAGAGGUGAAAUUCUACAGUGUGGCAACAAUUCCCAGUCUGUGAGAGCCUCACUGUGGUCCCAACCACCUUGGUAUGACUACAGGAUUGUCGUUAUUACAGCCUCAGGAAACUGGGCAGGACUGAAAAAGUAACAGUGAUGUGAAGUUUGUCUGAGUCACUGACUGUAUCCCCCGUGGUUCUCUCAGGGCAGCAGCUCUUGGAAGAAGGCAGAGUAGGAUGCAGUGAGUGAGAGCUGCUCUUUCUGCUCACCACUAACUUCAGAUCUCCUCCCCUAGCCUCUCCCAGUCUUUUGUACUUUCCUUGCUACUCCAUCCACUGCAGCAUAAACUGGCAGAAGCAGCAGCAGAAGCCCUGCUCCAAAAGCGACUCAAAAAGCCUCGAAACCAGCAGCAGCCAUGAACAUGAAAACCGUGGUUGUGCUGCUCCUCCUGGCCCUGGCCACAAUCUUUGCCCUCAUCUGCGUGCUGCUGACCCGGGCACAGGCCCCCAGCUCCUGCCAGCAGCAGCCCUUGGCACAGGAGGAAGCGGACGACGGCCACAGCCGGGUCUUUGCCGACCUGACAGCCGAGGAGCUGGCCCAGGUGGUGCAGUACCUGCGGGUCAGCCUCGGGGUGCCGCUGGCUGAUGCAGCGCGUGCCAAACCUUCUGACAACUGCAUUGCCUCCGUGGACGUGCAGCUUCCGGCCAAGGCAGAAGUGCUGCGGUUCCUGGAUGCCGGAGGGGCUCCCCCGCCCCGCGAGGCGCUGGCUGUGCUGUACUUUGGGGCCCAGGCAGAGCCCAACGUCACCGAGUACGUGGUGGGCCCACUGCCGGCACCGACGUACCACCGGGACAUCACGGUGCAGAAGUACGGGGGGAAGGUGCCGUACCACCGCAGACCAGCAUUGCCUGCUGAAUACAAACAGGUUGCUGAUUUUUUUAAAAAACAGGUGUUCCCUGCAGCUCCAUUCUUCAUGGACCAAGUGAUGGAGUAUGAUGGGGCCAACCUGGCUGCUGUGACAGCUGCUCCCCGUGGAUCCCGAUCUGGAGAUCGGCUCACCUGGUUUGUCAUGUUUCAGAAUGUGAGUGGGUUCUUCCUGCACCCGAUGGGGCUGGAGGUGCUGGUGGACCACAGCAGCCUGGAUCUCACACAGUGGGCAGUCCACAGAGUCUUCUACAACGGCCAAUACUACAGGGACAUGUCUGAGCUGGAGAGAAUCUAUGUGCAGGGUGGUGUCCAUGUGGAGAAGGUAAAAAGAGCACCGUGGGAUGGGGACUUCUCGUCUAUGAGGCCCCGAGCACCAGUGGCCGCGACGUUCCCCUUGCAGUAUGAGCCCCAGGGGCCACGGUACAGCAUCAGGAACAACCUCAUCAUCUUCCAGGCCUGGAGCUUUGCCUUUGGAAUGAGUGUGAUGACGGGCAUGCGCCUGUUUGACAUCCGGUUCAAUGGGGAGAGGGUUGUGUACGAGAUGAGUGUGCAGGAGGCGCUGUCAGUGUAUGGCUCCAACUGCCCUGGCGGGAUGUCCACCCGCUACAUGGACAGCAGCUUUGGCAUUGGGCGCUACUCCUCACCCCUGGUGCGUGGGGUCGACUGCCCGUACACGGCCACCUAUGUGGACACGCACACCCUACAUGAGGGCUUGAGCUACAGCAGGAGGACGGCGGCCCUCUGCAUUUUUGAGCAGAACCUGGGCUCCCCUCUGCGGCGCCACUACUCCAACCUACAGUCGAUGUACUAUGGUGGGAUGGUCAACUCCGCGCUGGUCCUUAGAUCCAUCACCACUGUGGGUAACUACGACUAUGUCUGGGACUUCAUCUUCUACCAGAACGGGGCCAUCGAAGGCAAAGUCCAGGCCACAGGGUACACGAGCUCAUCCUUUUUCCAUGGGAAUGGUCUGCAGUAUGGCAAUAGAAUUUGGGAGCAUACCUUGGGUACAAUUCACACCCAUUUUGUCAACUAUAAAGUGGACUUGGAUGUGGGAGAGGUGAAGAACUCUUUGGUGGCCCAUGACAUGGCAUUUGAGGUGGCACAGGCUCCCUGGAACCCAGAGCAGCAGAUUGAGCGUCCACGGCUCACUGAGAAGGCCCUGGACACAGAGGACCAGGCUGCCUUCCGGCUCCACUCCACGAUGCCCAGAUACAUCUACUUUGCAACCAACAAAAAAAACAAGUGGGGCCACCAACGUGGCUACAGGAUUCAAAUCAUCAGCUUUGCAGGGGAUCACAUUCCCGAAGCCAGCUCCAUGGAGAGGGCCAUCAGCUGGGCAAGGUACAAGCUGGCUGUCACCAGGCGGAAGGAGGAAGAACCCACCAGCACCAGUGUCUACAACCAGAACGACCCUUGGACCCCCACUGUCGCUUUUGCUGACUACAUCAAUAAUGAAACUAUCACCAAUGAGGAUCUUGUGGCCUGGAUAACUGCUGGUUUCCUCCAUAUCCCUCACUCAGAAGAUAUUCCCAACACCUUGACGGUGGGAAAUUCAGUUGGUUUUCUCCUGAGACCCUACAACUACUACGACUUGGACCCCUCCAUUUACUCACCCGAUGGUGUGUUUUUCACCAGCGAGCAGAACUUCAUGGCAUGUGAGGUUAACCCCAUCACCUGCCUGUCCCAAACUGCCUCCUGCUUGCCAAGCUUCCCCCCAUUCACCUAUGACGGAUUCCAAAAUAUCAGCAGGCUUUAAAGGUCCAGGAAGCAGGAUUAGAGGCUGACUGAUCUCCCAUGGAUAUUCAUUUCUUUUAGUGGCAUUUUCUUUGUUUGCAGUUCUGUAACAACUUUACUUUUUAUUGUGGCUUUUAUAAUGUAGUGAUCUGUAUGAGUGAAGCAUGCUGCCCAGAAGAGAUCUGCAGAGUCUCUGCUAACUGCUGCAUGCCAGGGGUAAAAGUGAGGAGAACAUGCUCUUCCUCUGUUGUAGCAACAAAUGCUGUGUAGUGCCAAUGUCAGGUUAAAAAAAAAAAAAAAAGAAAAAAGAAAAAAAUCCAGUGCUAUUCUGCCUGUCUUGUUUUACGCUUCCAGCAAUGGCUGCUGGGGGGUCCUGGGGCACAGUGUUCAGCGCAUGGAAGGCGAGGAGAAGGCAGUGCCGGGGGCACACUCCUUUCCUCCCCGCUGUCCGCCUGCGUCCUCCUUGUGCUGCAGCGAAGCCUGUGGGUCAAACAGGGAAGGACAGGAGCAGAGAGUUCGUUUAAAACUGUGGUCUGCUGGAGGAAGCAGAGCAGAGUUGCCUUUUAUGGCUUCCAGCAAAUCCAGGCAUGUCUGAGAGCACUGCAGUGCGCCCUCCCUAUGAGCUCAUCCAGGCCAUCCUCUCUUCAGAAGACAAGGGAGAAAAAACGCCCAGCCCACCAAAUCCAAGCUGGGAGAAGCAGCGACUCAAAAAGCCUCGAAACCAGCA